UUGCCGUACAGCAACAUGGCGGCGUCCGCGGCGGGGCGAGCGGCGGCCUGGGGGCUCCGCGGGGCGCUGGCGGCGCGGCGGGGCCGGGCCGCGACCCCCGGGACCCCCGGGCCGCCCCCCGGCGCCGCUCCCGGGCCCCGCCGCGCCGCCAGCGGCCCCGCCGCGGGCUCCGACACGGCCGCGGUGCUGCGGGAGCGGCUGCGGCAGCGCCAGGUGGCCGGUGACACGGGUGACAGCGGUGCCACCGCCGGUGCCCAGGCCGGGCCGGGGCCCCGGGGGUCGCUGCGGGCGCUGGCGCUGCGCCUGGGGGGGCUCCUGGCGGCCACCGGCGGCGCCGCCGUGCUCUACGUCUUCGGCAGCAACGCCGUGGACGAGCACGGGGACAAGAUCCCCGAUGAGUUUGACAGCGACCCCGUGGGGAUCCGGCACCUGCGGAGAACCUUCAAAUACUUCAAGGAUUACAGACAGAUGAUCAUCGAGCCCACGAGCGCGCGGCUGCUGCCGGACCCGCUGCGGGAGCCGUACUACCAACCGCCCUACACGCUGGUGCUGGAGCUGACGGGGGUGCUGCUGCACCCCGAGUGGUCGCUGGUGACGGGCUGGAGGUUCAAGAAGCGCCCGGGCAUCGAGCACCUCCUGCAGCAGUUGGCGCCGCUCUACGAGAUCGUCAUCUUCACCUCCGAGACCGGGAUGACGGCGUUCCCGCUGAUCGACAGCAUCGACCCGCACGGCUUCGUGUCCUACCGGCUGUUCCGUGACGCCACACGCUACAUGGACGGCCACCACGUCAAGGAUAUCUCGUGCCUGAACCGGGACCCGGCGCGGGUGGUGGUGGUGGAUUGGCGCCGGGACUCGUUCCGGCUGCAGCCGUACAACGGAUUGGCGCUGCCGCGCUGGGACGGCGGCUCCGAGGACAGGGCGCUCUACGACCUGGCUGCCUUCCUCAAGACCAUCGCGCUGAGCGGUGUGGAGGACGUCCGCGCUGUGCUCCAGAAUUAUUCCCUCGAGGACGAUCCCCUGGCGGCCUUCCAGCGGCGCCGGACGCGCCUGGAGGAGGAGCAGCAGCAGCGCCAGGCCGAGCUGGCACAGGGGAAGCCGCCGGCCGGGACCUUCCUGGGCCACCUCACCGGGCGCCUCUGGCCGCGCUCCAAGCAGCAGUGACGUCAUCGUGACGUCACAGUGACAUCAUCACGACCUCAUCGUGACGUCAUCGCCGCCCCGCACGGCGGCGGCGGGGGAGGGGACCCCAACAUCCCCUCCCCCCCACCCCCGAAUAACCCCGAAUUCCCGAAAUGCCGCGGGAGGGGGAGGGGGGAUUUGGGGUUUUUUUGGGGGGGGGUUUUGGGGGUCUGGCCCCGUUUUGGGGUGAAUAAAGGCGGAAACGGA